AUGCUGACCAGAUCUCCCCGUUCGUCAGUCUCCAACAUGCUCAAUCGGCUGCAUGGCCAACCUGAAAGCUACGACAAGAAGUCCAAAUAUCGAUUCGGCCGAACACUUGGCGCAGGCACCUAUGGCAUCGUUAGAGAGGCCGACAGCCCAUCUGGCAAGGUGGCUGUGAAGAUCAUCCUCAAGAAGAAUGUGAAGGGCAACGAGAGGAUGGUUUAUGACGAGCUUGACAUGCUUCAGCGCCUGAAGCACCCCAACAUUGUCCGGUUCGUCGACUGGUUCGAGUCUAGAGACAAAUACUACAUCGUCACGGAAUUGGCGACCGGUGGCGAGCUUUUCGACCGCAUCUGCGAGCAGGGAAAGUUCACAGAAAAAGAUGCUGCCGCGACUAUCAAGCAGGUACUCGGGGCUGUCGAUUACCUGCACAGCAAGAAUGUCGUUCACAGAGACCUCAAGCCCGAAAACCUACUCUACCUUACCAAGGCAGCCGACUCAGACCUUGUCCUUGCUGACUUCGGUAUCGCCAAGAUGCUCGACAGCAAGGACGAGGUCUUGACCACCAUGGCAGGAUCAUUCGGAUACGCGGCGCCGGAGGUCAUGCUCAAGAAGGGCCAUGGCAAACCCGUCGACAUGUGGUCCAUGGGCGUAAUAACCUACACGCUUCUAUGUGGUUACUCGCCGUUCCGCUCCGAGAACUUGCAGGACCUGAUCGAGGAGUGCAGCAACGCGAAGGUGACCUUCCAUGAGAGAUAUUGGAAGGACGUUAGUGAAGACGCCAAGCAGUUCAUCCUGGGCCUGCUGCAGCCCAAACCUGAUGACCGGUGGACCUCCUCUCAGGCCCUGAACCACAUCUGGCUGACUGGUGAUAACGCCACGGACCACAACUUGAUUCCCGAGAUCAAGGCCUACAUGGCCAAGGCGCGCCUUCGGAGGGGCAUCGAAAUGGUCAAGUUGGCCAACAGGAUCGAAGCCCUCAAGAUCCAGGAGGACGACAAAGAGGACUCGGAUAUGCCGACCGACGCGUUCGCCGCCGCGGACCACUCCAGGGAAUCGGACAACUCGAGCCCCAAGCCAGAGGCCGGCGCCUCCGCUUCUACCUCCGCUUCUACCUCCAGCGAAGGCAAGCGAAAUCUCCAAAAGAAACUGAAGGGUGCCAUCUUCCGCGAGGUGGUGCUCGCCAAGGUGCGCGAGAUGAAGCAGCAGGAGCAGACGUUGAAGGUGGCAGAGGAGGUCGAGAAGGAGGCCAAGAGGCGCUCUUUCCACGAGUAA